CAACAGCCCACCCAAUCCAUUUCUGCUCCCUCCCCCCGUGGAGAGCUCUCCGUUCCCAUUGCUCAGUGGAGCCAUGUCGAGGGGUACGGACAAGCUGGUAAACAGUGUGAAGCAGUUCGCCGACGCGCAGUACAAGUUCAUCUCCACCCGCUAUGGCCAGCAGCUCAUCGACAUCUUCGAGUUCCCUAUUAAGGUCGUGCUCUCCCCCUUCACCCUCGCCUUCGACAUCGCCGGCUCUGCUCCCCGCGGUUUCGGCAUCCCCGAGCUCAUCACUAAGCUCUCCUACGCCUCAAUCUUCGCUGUUGCUACUCUUGGGACUUAUGACAUUGCAUUAGAGCUUGGCAAGAAGGUGAUAUGUCAGAGAAAUUGUAAGACAUGCAAUGGCUGGCAGGCGUUACGAUGUACUAUGUGCAAGGGAUCGGGGAAGGUGCACUAUCAAGUGAAAACAUACAGCCUGAAAAGUGGAGAGAAGGCGACGGCUGACUGUGUUGCUGAGGCCAUUGUAGAAAAUCGUGCGGAAUUAGUGCACCUUCCUUCUUCUGUUGAUUUUCAUACACCUCUACCAUCUAAAGAUUGCCUUACUUGUGACGGUACGGGGGUCAUGAGCUGUCCUGAGUGCAAGCACAAACUACAAGUCAGAAUUUCCGCCGAUGAUAUAAUGGAACCUCCUUGGAAAGCCUAUAAUGUUAUGAGAAAAAUGGACUACCCUUAUGAGCAUAUAGUUCACAGUAUGAAAGACCCGAGCAUUGCUGCAUUUUGGUUGAUUACCUUACCCCAGAUCAUGGGUGGAUUUGACUUUGAUGAUGAUGUCAAGCAGAAGAUAUGGUGGCAAUACAAGGAGUCUAUGAGAUAUGAUCAACUUCAAGAUGCUGUAGCCAAGAGAAAACCUGGAUGGGAGUACUUGCAGGAGGCAUUGAUCUCUUUAGAUCCUGUCCGUGCUAGGGAAGAUCCUCUUGUGGUGAAGAAUGUUCCCUAUUUCAAGGCAAAAAAGGCAUUGGAGGCCGAAGUCUGGAAGUUGGAUCCUCCUCCACGGCCUAAGAAUUGGGGUGACCUGGAGCUUCCGCUGAAUUCAUCUUCUUGGAGUGAAGAGGAUCUCAAGGACCCUGAGAAAUUCUAUGAGAUGACCGUACUUCUUAAUGCUCAGAGAGAAAUAGCUGAUAAAUUCUUGGAUGCUCAGUGGCAAAAUAAAUGGCGUCAAGAGAAGCUGAAUGAGAUGCUGGAAGAGAAAGUCCGACCAUACAUUCAAGAAAUUGACGAAGGCGUCCUCUCUCGACCUAUUGUGCUGCAACCAACUCACGACCACAAGAGGAAACCGCGACAAAGAAGAUGGUGGUUCUUUUGAUAAUCAUGUAGCCCUUCAAUCAGCUGUCCUUUUGUUCACAUUUGAUGCCGUUGUUGUCUCUGCGCUUUUCAAGCUUUGUUUAAUCUCAGAUGAGUUAGAUAGAUGUGAUAACAUCACUCUCUUAAUUUUCUGCAGUCACUACAAUCAUAUUUAUCUUCGCAGAUAGAAGAAAAUCGUUUUAGCGAACUCCUAAAGAUUACUUAUCCCAAAAAAAUAAUUAAAAAAAAUUCAUAAAGGUGGUAGUCAUGAGGAGGUGGAAAAUGCGGUCCACGCAACCUUGUGUCACGUGUAUAUGGUGUUAAAGUUGGACAGGUGCUAAUAAUUCAUGCAUUAUAUUAUUUGGUA